AUUGCGAAAGAUGAGAAACCGAACCGAAUCGAUCCGGAUUUAACUGACCGUCCGGGACCAGCUUCACUUCUCAAACACGUCGUGCUUGUUCUGGGGAGAUGUGCACACGGAACUUGAUUUUGGGCGCAGUUUUUGAUUAGUUAAGGCGGCGUUGAGCCCGGUUCGGUGCUGCUGACCCGUAGUCGGCAUCGCAAAGAAACAGCCGAGAAGAGGAUUGAGAUUUAAAUCGCUCGGAGCGGAGCCAUGUUCGAUGCGCUUUGACCGUCGCUCGGUGGAAAUCGCUGUGUAGGCAGCAUGAAAUUGCUUUGUAAAAAGAAAGGAGCGUAGAGAACCUGAUCAGUUGAUAGACUGUUUUUAAGCAGGCCGAAAGGAAAGGUUGUCCAUCUCGAGGCCUCGUGUCAGGAGGUACCACAGCCUCCGCUUGACGCUCGGAGUCGGAGCCGAGCACCACGCGCCUUGCGCCGCACACUGAGCGCUGGCGAGACUCGGGGAUUCGAGGCCUUGUUCGGGAAUGUCUGGCUAACCGAGGACGAGGUCUGUAGUGACAAAGAGGAGGAGAGCAGUCACAAACUAAACCAAAAAAAAUACACAUCACAAGUCGAAACCAUCGACAGCUCAGGUAAAACUGGGAUUCCGUGCUGUUUAGUAAUUUUCCGCUGGCUGUCAAAACUUGGAAGGAAUCUAAUUAGCUUGUUAACUGUGCUUUUAUUUAAUAGCAGAAGAGUGAACAAUGUCUUGAUGGUGCCAAACCCCAUGGGUCAGAUCAGGUUAGCUCCAGCUAACACGCUAGUUAAGUGUUUAAGAAAAUGUAUUUUAAGUAAACAUUUCUCUCUCUCUCUCUCUUUCUCUCUUUUUAAAAUUCAGAUAGAUUUUCUGAACUAGCCUUUUUUUGUUUUGUUUAUAUUUUUUAAUGCAUAAAACGUUACACGAAUGCUUCUCUGAAGUAACAGUUUGUCUGCUAGCUUUAGCUAACUAGCUUGCAUGGUGUUUUUAGCUAGAUAACCACUUAACGUCUGCUUUGAUAAUGUAAAACAUUUAAAGAGAGAGGGGGGAUAAUAUAAGUGUUUUUAUUAGGUUGAGUGAUUCCUUGAUAUGCGUUUUGUAUUUCACAUUUCGGUUAAAUGAGCUACACGUAACUUUGUUGCAUCCUUAAUGAUUGCAUAGUUCGGUAGCUAGCCUUGUGGCUUGAUUGAUUUAGCCUGUGGAUGUUAGGUAGCUCGUUGUAUAGCUGGUUAGUUUUUGGCUGGCAUCGUGUUUUGUUUGUUUUGUGUGUGUGUGUUUUUGUUUUUUCCCUCCAGCCACCUCUGGGCCCUGCUGCUGACCUAAUGAAGUUAUUCAGUCAUGAUGGAGGAACUGCACAGCUUGGAUCCUCGAAGGCAGGAGCUGCUCGAGGCUCGAUUCACUGGGGUCGGAGUCGCCAAGGGUUCCGGGCACAACGAGUCAUCCAAUCAUAGUCUGUGUAGUGUGGGCUCUCUGAGUGACAAAGAGCUCGAGACACCUGAGAAGAAGCCGAAUGACCAGAGAACACGUAAGAGGAAAGGAGACCCCUUUGACAGCCAAGCGAAAGCAGGAGGCCGAGGACACAAAAUCAGUGAUUAUUUUGAGUUUGCGGGGGGUAGUGGUACUGGCACUAGUCCGGCGCGUGGCAUUCCUCCUGUGGUGCGCUCCUCCCCGCAGCACUCUCUCUCCAACCCUCCUGCUGCAGUGCAGCAAGGAAGUCCGUCCUCUAUCAAUUCCAAUACAGACCACUCCCACUCAUCGUGCGCCCUCAAACCAGCUUUCACGCACACGCAGCAGCACCGGGCGACACAGUCGGACAUGACUCUGGAGAAGCUGGCUGCGCUGGAGAGCAGUAAGAGUUCAGACCUCGAGAAAAAAGAGGGACGCAUCGAUGAUUUGCUCAGGGUGAAUUGUGACCUGCGCAGACAGAUCGAUGAGCAGCAGAGAAUGUUGGAGCGCUGUAAGGAACGCCUCAACAAGUGUGUGACUAUGAGCAAGAAGCUGCUCAUUGAGAAGUCGAAGCAGGAGAAGAUGGCGUGCAGGGACAAGAGCAUGCAGGACCGUCUCCGACUGGGCCAUUUCACUACAGUGCGACACGGCGCAUCCUUUACAGAGCAAUGGACCGAUGGAUAUGCCUUUCAGAAUUUAAUCAAGCAGCAGGAGCGGGUGAACUCACAGAGAGAGGACAUCGAAAGACAGAGGAAGCUCCUGGCGAAGAAGAAGCCACCCAACGCAGCCCAGACUCCGCCACCCAACCUAGAACCCAAUAAACGCAAGAACAAGAGCAAUGGAGCAGAGAACGAGAUGUUAUCACUAGCAGAAUAUCACGAGCAAGAAGAGAUUUUCAAAUUGAGACUUGGUCACUUAAAGAAGGAGGAAGCCGAGAUCCAAGUUGAAUUGGAGAGGCUGGAACGAGUGCGUAAUCUUCACAUCCGAGAGCUUAAGAGAAUACACAAUGAAGAUAACUCCCAGUUCAAAGAUCACCCCACGCUGAAUGACCGUUACCUGCUCCUGCACCUGCUGGGCCGAGGUGGCUUUAGUGAAGUUUACAAGGCAUUUGACUUGACAGAACAGCGGUACGUGGCUGUGAAAAUUCAUCAGCUCAAUAAGAACUGGAGAGAUGAGAAGAAGGAAAACUACCACAAACAUGCCUGCCGAGAGUAUCGCAUCCAUAAGGAACUGGAUCAUCCCAGAAUAGUCAAACUUUACGACUACUUCUCUCUGGACACCGACUCGUUCUGCACAGUACUAGAGUAUUGUGAAGGCAACGAUCUGGAUUUCUAUCUAAAACAACACAAGCUAAUGUCUGAGAAAGAGGGCCGGUCCAUCAUUAUGCAGGUUGUCAACGCCCUGAAAUACCUGAACGAGAUCCGCCCACCAAUUAUCCAUUAUGAUCUUAAACCAGGUAACAUCCUGCUGGUGAACGGCACAGCGUGCGGGGAGAUAAAAAUCACAGACUUUGGUUUGUCUAAGAUCAUGGAUGAUGACAACUACGGUGUAGAUGGCAUGGAGCUUACAUCGCAAGGAGCUGGGACUUACUGGUACCUGCCCCCAGAAUGCUUUGUGGUAGGGAAAGAGCCACCCAAGAUCUCUAAUAAAGUGGAUGUGUGGUCAGUUGGCGUGAUCUUCUACCAGUGCCUCUAUGGGAAGAAGCCGUUUGGUCAUAAUCAGUCGCAGCAAGAUAUCCUACAGGAGAACACUAUACUCAAAGCCACAGAGGUGCAGUUCCCUCCCAAACCUGGAGUUUCACCUGAGGCUAAGGCCUUCAUUCGUCGGUGUUUGGUGUACCGCAAGGAGGACCGUAUUGAUGUCCAUCAGCUGGCCAGCGACCCCUUCCUGCUCCCUCACAUCCGCAAAUCCGUUGCCACCACGGGCAACUCCAGCACGGCCGUCGCCUCCACCUCCAGCUCAUCCAAUAGCAGCGCCUCAAACUGAGAGCCCCGCCCAUCCAUACCUGUCUGAUCGGAGCAGAGAGAGCCGGGCUUUGUAUUUGCCGUACUCGGUUCUGCAGCGCCCAAAGUGGAAGUGGAGGAUCUGCCUCCAAGUAUACAGAGAAGGAAAGAGAGAGCAGAAGGAACGGGAAAAGAGGGAAGGAUGGAACGCUGGAGCAAUGUUCAUCCCUCUGUACCCCUCUUCCUCUCCCCAUUACUGCAAAUCGUGUGUGGGGUGGGGAGGUUUUUAAAAAAAAAAAAAAAAAAAAAAAAAAAAAAAAAAGAAGGCAUCCUUAAUGUAAGAGAAAGAAAGAGAGAGAAUUCCUGAGCCCAUGUCAUGCUGAAAAUAAUAAUGGAUUGAACGGGGGACAGAUCUGCAAGGGCUUGGACAGAUAAAACGGACUGAUGCGUACCCUUCACCCCACAACACAAACAUGCACACAUACAGGCGUAUUCAUAAAAAGUAUCUUCAGUUUCUUUGAAGGCAAAUAGCUAAUGAUGUGGGAGAACCCCCUCACUCCUACUACGGUGUCUUCUGUGUAAGAUAUUGCAAAUGAGUUUCUUCUCCUUCCCAGUGCCCACUUCCUGCUGUACACCUUCCAUCUAGGGAAUUUUGCUAGUGAGCUUACAUCAGUAUCAGUAGCCCACAUUUCACUCAACCAUAUCAAAACCACCAUCGUUCAAACAAAAAGCAGUGCUAAAAUGAAAACAGGUUGGUUUUUUUUUUGUUUUGUUUUUUUGCUGUUUGGGAAUUUUAAUGAAGUCUUACAGCGCCUUGUUUAUUGUGUUUAAUUUUUUUUUUUUUUGGUUGGGGGUGGGGUGAGAGCUAGUGUUGGUCAAUUUCACUUCCCCCCCCCCCUUUUCUUCUCUGUGACCAAAGCCAAGCUCUGCCAGCAGGUGGUGCCGUUUAACUUGAGAUUUUGUUUUCCAAUUAUAAUUUUAAAAUGGUUUUGAUGCAAAGACACAUAUUUUUUUUUUUUAAAGAAAAGCUAUUGGUGUAGAUGGUUUAGCAUUACUAACUUGAUGGCCCCAAGUAUGUUCUAUUUUCUGUUACAAUUAGAAAAAUUAACACUUUUUUUUUUAUCUAAGAUUUAAUGUUUUUAAUUUUUAUUUUAAAAUAUUUUUUUCUUCCAUGAUUUUAACAGUUCUCACAUGCAGAUACAGAUGCAGAUACCCACACAUGCUCAUAUUUAUUUAGGCCUGUUUUAAAUAGCUGAUUCCUGGUCCUGAUUGUCUACUAUGAGGGGAUGAGGACUUUUUGGAGGGAGGGGGGAUAGUUAAUGACGGGUACAGGGCAGAAAUGGCAAUGAUCAUUAAAUACUGUUGGUUAAAAAUUUC